AUUUCAGUUCAUAUGCUGUAGGAACAUUCUUGCUGUGUGGAUUCCUCAGAAAAAAAUUAGAAAGAAAGAUACAGGCUACUGUGCUUAAAACUUACAACACUUCUCUUCUUGGUCUAUUUUUUUCUCUCGUCUUGUGUUCAGAAGCUUAUAGUGGGAUUGAAGUAAGAAUACUUCGCCUACCAAAGAUCCAGCGGCUUUUAGGACACAGAUCAAACCAUGGAUCCAGCAUCACGCCUCUUCCGCCUCCGCCAAGGUAACCAACCUAUAGAGGAUUACGUUGUCGAUUUUUGUGAGCUGUGCUGUUUGGUGACUUUUAAUGACGUGGCGCUUAAGGACAUUUUCCGCAACGGAUUAAACGAUCUGAUUCGUUCUGGCCUACCUGGAGGGAAAAUUCACUGGUCGUUGGAACAGUACAUUGACUUUCCCCUCCGGUUGGCUGGAUUGCCAUUUACUGUGGGGGUAGCUGAUGAGGAACGCUGCUAUCCCCCAGUAUCAGCCAAACCUGUGAAUUUUUCAAUCAUGUCUGGAAUUAUUCAAGUCACGUCAGAGGCCUAUCCUGCCAAGCCACAGCCUGCUCACGUCACGUCUGCCAAGCCACAGCCUGCACUCGUCAAGUCUACUAAGCCAGAGCCAUCUCAUGCCAAGUCUGUCAAGCCAAAACCUGCUCACGCCAUACUUGCCGCUCCAGGGCCUGCUCACGCCAUGCCUGCCGCUCCAGAGUCUGCACCUGUCAUGGCCGCCCUCCCACAACCAGCUCACAAGAUGGCCGCCCUCCCACAUCCAGCUCACAAGAUGGCCGCCCUCCCACAACCAGCCCACAAGAUGGCCGCCAUCCCAGAGCCAGCCCACAAGAUGGCUGCCAUCCCAGAGCCAGUCCACAAGAUGGCCGCCAUCCCAGAGCCAGUCCACAAGAUGGCCGCCAUCCCCAAGCCUGUUCACAAGAUGGCUGCCCCGUCUGAGUCCCUGGCCAAGAUGGCUGCCACGCCUGAGCCUCAUCAAGCCAAAAUCAUCUCAUCCGCAUCUCAUCCCAUCAUCUCUGCCACAUCCAAGGUAAAUCAAGUGAUGCCUGAUCCUCCGGUGUCAAGUCAAGUCAGUGCUACACUUUCUGUGUCAAGUCAAGAUAUAGCUGUUGUUCUCCAGGAGUCAAGCCAAGUCACAGCUGUGCCCCACGAGUCAAGCCAAGUCACAGCUGUGCCCCACGAGUCAAGCCAAGUCACAGCUGUGCCCCACGAGUCAAGCCAAGUCAGAGCUGUGCCCCAUGAGUCAAGCCAAGUCACAGCUGUUCCCCAUGAGUCAAGUCAUGUUACAGCUGUUGUUCCUGAGUCAAGUCACGUUACAGCUGUUGUUUCUGAGUCAAGCCAUGUUGUUCCUGAGUCAAGUCACGUUACAGAUGUUGUUCCUGAGUCAAGCCAUGCUGUUCCUGAGUCAAGUCAAGUUGCAGCUGUGUUUCCCGAGUCAAGUCAAGUUUCCAAGUCAAGUCAAGUUGCAGCUGCGUUUCCUGAGUCAAGCUUCCGAGUCCAGUCAGGUCGCGGCUGUUGUUCCAGAGUCAAGUCAAGCUACAGCUGCUGUUCCAGUGUCAAGUCAAGCUGCAGCUGUUGUUCCAGUGUCAAGUCAAGUUAAAGCUGUGUUUCCUGUGUCAAGUCAGGUCAGAGCUGCUGUUCCGAAGUCCAAUCAAGUUACAGCUAUUGCUCCUGUGUCAAGUAAAGCUAUAGCUGUAGCCCUCAAGUCAAGCAAAGUCACAGCCGUGGUUCCUGAGUCAAGCAAAGUCACAGCCGUGGUUCCUGAGUCAAGCAAAGUCACAGCCGUGGUUCCUGAGUCAAGCAAGGUCACUACCGAUCUUCACAAGCCAAGCCAAACCACAGUUGAUCUUCAUGAGCCAAGCCAAGUUACAGCAGAUCUUCAUGAGCCAAGUCAAGUUGCUGCUGUUAUUCCCGAGCCAAGUCAAGCCACAGCUGACCUCCCUGAGUCAAGUCAAGAAACGGCUGUCUUACCAGAACCUCACAUAUCAGCUGAAACCGCAGAGCCCACGCUCCCAAGCCACGCAGAGCCCACGCUCCCAAGCCACAAGUCCAUAGCAUCCGCACCCUCAAGGUCAACAGACACCCCACGAUCUACUGUGCUGCCUGUAAUGGCUGUCGCCAUCUUCAGUGUGUGGGCUGCACACUGUGCUCUAGAGGCCUCAUCUGUCCACGAAUCUGCUCCAAAGGCCUCAUCUGUCCACGAGUCUGCUCCAGAGGCCUCGUCUGUCCACGAGUCUGCUCCAGAGGCCUUGCCUGUCCACGAGUCUGCUCCAGAGGCCUUGUCUAUCCACGAGUCUGCUCCAGAGGCCUCGUCUGUCCACGAAUCUGCUCCAGAGGCCUCGUCUAUCCACGAGUCUGCUCCAGAGGCCUCGCCUGACUGCGAGUCUGCCCCAGAGGCCUCACCUGACCACAAGUCUGCUCCUGAGGCUUCAUCUGUCCACGAGUUUGCACCUAUACCUCCUGAGGUGUCAGCUCACGCUGUAGGACCUCCUAAGGAGGUGGCGUCCAUUUAUGAACUCACUGCCACGUCUGCCCAAGAAUCUGCGCCCAUGCCUCCUGAGGUGUCAGCAUGUGCUGUAGAUCCUCCAAUGGGGGCGGCGUCCUUCCAUAAACUUUCUACCCAUCAUACCACGGCCCAGGAGGCCUAUCAUAAACUCCCUCCUGUCAUGUCACAGCCACGAAGGCCUAUCAUGGACUCUUGAUCGCCAUGUCACGAUCAAGAAGGCCAAUAAUGAACUCUCUACCUGUUAUGCCAUGGCCAAGGAAAUCGUCCAGGAAUACACCGCUCUGCUAUGGAUGUUACUAGUUCCCCUGUGGAUAUCUCUGCUCCUGUCUGCUCUGCCUGCCCUGCAAUGGCUCCCUGUUAUGCCUGCUCUGCCUGCCUCGCCAUGGCUCCCUGCUCUACCUACUCCACCAUGGCUUCCAGACACACUCUGUCAGUUUAAAUCUAGAUUAAAGACCCAUCUCUUUAACCUUGCUUACACAUAACACAUUAACACAUUUCUAUUAUUCAAAUCCGUUAAAGGAUUGUUAGGCUGCACUAAUUAGGUCAACCGUAACCGGGAACACUUCCCAUAACACCCGAUGUACUCAGUGCAUUGUCAGAAGAAUGGCAUCUACGCUAAUAUUAGUCUGUUUCUUUCUUAUGCCGAGGUCACCUUAACCACCAGAUCCAGUCCGUAUCCAGAUCAGAUGGUCACUGCAGUCCUCUGGAUGCAGUCCGUACCCAGCCCAGAUGGUGGAUCAGCACCUAGAGACGACCUCUACAGCCCUGAAUGUCAGCGGAGACCACAUCGACUAGAUGAGCCCCAGAGACGGAUCCCCAGUGAAGACCUCAUCACCUAGACGGCUAUCGGCACAGGACCACGGGAGCUGGCGAGUCCUCUGUGUCUGGCCAGAGGAGAACUGGCCCCCCAACUGAGCCUGGUUUCUCCCAAGGUUUUUUUCUCCAUUUGUCACCGAUGGAGUUUUGGUUCCUUGCCGCUGUCGCCUUUGGCUUGCUUAGUUGGGGACACUUUAUCUUCACUUUAUCGUCACACAAUAUUGUAUUUUAUUUUGUUGUAUUUGAUUAACUACCUUUACCUGAGAAUUGAGUGUUUACUGUUGCCUUUUGCAUUGUUGAUGUACUAUUUCCUAUUUAAUACUGUACAGCCGCCUUGUCACAAUUCUGUAUUGUUAAAGGCGGUAUAUAAAUAAAGGUGAUUUGAUUUGA